AUGUCCCGGUCUCGUUCUCCUCCCCAAGAGGCCUUUACCUCUCCACCCUUCUCGCGUACGUCGUCAUGUCUUGAUAACUCUUCGAAUGUCACUUCAAACCUAUGUCUGCAUCAAUCACAAAAUCCUUCGAGAAUUCUCGAUACCACCAAAGAUCAGGCAGUGGAAAGCGAUGGUCGAAAUAUUACGCGUAAAGUAUCGUCAUCGUCAUUAACCUAUCGAAAGGACAGCUGCUGUCCAAACACGAAAGGUACAAACAUGGAAACCACGGCGUCAUCAGUAAAACCUUCGCAAAUUCCGCUUUUACAAGAUAUUUCUCAGUAUCAAAAUCCAGAGGUAUCAGAUGUGACAACAGAUAACGUAGCCACAACCCUAGAAGAACUAGCCCAUUUGGUUUUGUUAUCUAAGUAUCAGGAAAGAAAACAAGCCGAGUCAAGAGUGCGCUUACAAUGCUAUCUUGUUUCUACAGCUCUCUCUGCCCGUCUUUCUCGAUGCGGAGAACAAGCCUACCGGACUUUGGUCGAUCACUUUAGAACUGAUGAGAAGAAAAAAUUUGCAAGUCUUUAUAAUGCUGUUCACGAUAUUCGGGGCUCUUGUGACAGUGCUCGCCAAUAUUCUUUUAAAGGAGCCGACUGGAAUAGCGAGAGCAUUAGCCCUAUUCAUGGGCAAGAUGCAUUGACCUCAUUCUGGCAAAAAAUACCCCAACGACACCGAGAGAUUCUCCUACGAUUUCUAAAUCAGAUACGUUCGAUUCCAGAAUUUUUAGCCUCCCGUCUUUCCAGUCUAUCCCCCUCAGAACUUUCAGCGCUUACUGUGUUCCACCAAGGGUUAGAGAGCGUCAAUUCAGUUCUUCAGUUUUAUUCUCGACCAAAGAGUAUCUCUUCACAUAAUAGCAAGGGUAUUUCUCAAUCAUCUUCUGCUGUAGAGCGUCUGCUAUCUUUCCAACGUCACGAUCCCCUAUCUGUUUUGAUUCAUACGUGUUUUGCCAAUUCAGCUGGUCCAAAUUCUCUUGAGGACGUAAGAAGAACGGAGGUCUGGGCUACGGCUUGUGCUCGCUUAAUAACGGAGCAAAAAUCUGGCGCUGACAGUUUUAUCAGUCACGUACUGAACAUAUGGACGACUAUGCGAGACUGGCCUGGACGUAGCAAUAUGGAAUGGUACCUGAUGAAGAUUUUGGAAGAUGGCGCAUUUUUAUUGGGAAACUCUGAGGAUGCAGCAGAAUAUCACCCGCAUGUCGAACCAGCAAACAUCAAACAUUCCAUCCUUGCAGAUGAAUUUUACUCAACUGCGGUCCAGGGACUCUUCGAAGUUGUCGAUAAUUUUAGGGCAGGGGGUAUUCCUGAGGGUCUUAUCGAGCUUGGAAAUGCCAUAUUGCACAAGCUCGAUACUAAAUGGCAUCAAUCUACCAAAAGGUUUCUCGUCUCCAAAUGGUUAUUCUCAGUGUUUAUUUCAAAUGCGGUCAUUCAUCCCGAGUCCUACGGAAUGAUGGCUGACUACCACAUUACGGAGUAUAGUCGGAAAAAAAUAUUGAAAGAAGUUUUCUCGAGAGCACAAAAACUUGUUGUAGAUAUGCUAUGGAGCCCAACCGCAGCAUCUACGCCCCUCUCUAUCAAACCUCAUAUAGAGAAUAUAUUGCUUCGUUUCCGUGCUAAUCGAAACUCUGGACCCAAAUCCAAACUACUUCCUGCGAGAUCCAUUACUUCAUUGAGAGAAACUACGGAAGUUCGUCCAUAUCUAGUCCUAGGUCCAGCCGAUUUGGUAACUCUGGUGAAUGCCUUAUUCCCUGAAAAGCGCUCCAGCUUAAAUGCCGCCUCCAAAGAUCCUCUUCCUUCUCGCUCAAAGAUCUCAUCAUUCUCUACAGCUGGAACGGUAUGCGGUAUUAACUCUGCUUCUACAUCAAUUUCAUGCAACACAUUUGAUAAUACAUCAGUAAUUAGUAAUAGUAGCUCUUCGGUCACUAGUGAUAUAACGACUUCACGGGAGCCGCUGCUUGAUGAAACCUCCAAAGGCCGGGAAAACUCUGAUGAGGAUGCUAGAUUCGCACUUCGUAUCGCUCUUCAUGAAAUGCAACAGUCAUUAGGCUCUGAUGGGAUUUCUGGCGCAUGUCAUCCGUGCGCAGAGAGCUGGGCUGUUUUAUUCGUGUCACCCGACGGACUAUCUCUUUCAACACAACUACCGAAUGACUCUGAUGACGAAGCUGACGAGGAAGAGCUCUCCACAAGCAAUGAAAGUGAGGAUGACAUGACAAGUAUACGGCCGGGCCUCGAUAAAGACUAUCACCAGAUACGAGACUCCAUACUAAAACUAGUCGAAGACUACGAAAUUCCUCAGUCUCUUAAUCCGCGAGCGGAAUUAAAGACGUUCAGCAAUAGAACCUCCGCUAUGAAAAGUCCGAAGAAAAGGCAACGAAAUCGCCCUUUGGCUAAAAAUCAACAACAAUCUCGAAAUCCCUUCAAGUGUGUUCCAGAGGCCAAUUCUGCGUCGCUUAAACCAAAGCCAAAGCCAAAUCAAGAGCGGGAGUGUGAUAGAAUUCCAGACAGAGAUGCCCCAUCUACCUUGAUUUAUAUGCUCGAAGCAGCUGUGACACAGUGCCAGGCACAGUCUGAUUUUGUCAAUGCUCAUCUUUACUGGAAAACUUUGAAACAGCUUAACCAGCUGCCAUAUCCAAGUUUAAAACGUGACGGCUUUUUAUCGCUGUUGAGUAUUUUCUCCCGAGGUCCGCGGGAUUUAAUACGGCGCUCUACUAGUGCAAUUGAAGAAUACGACGCAUGGUUAGUCUGGUUAAAACAAUCCCAAGAGCGCCAUGAUAAGACUAUCGAAUCGAUGAUGAAAAAGUUUAAAGCCUUACGAGAUAAGAUGUGGUAUGUGACCGAUGUGAGAAACUCAGCAGCCUAUGAAGGUACCCGGAACAUUACCAUUGCUUUGAAGUAUAUGUCUUCUCUACCAAAGUUAUCUCACACUUCCUCUGCAAGCCUCAAAGCACGGAAUGCCUCGAGAUCUUCCACAAACAAUUUUUUACUAAAGACAGAAACUCAAAUGAUUGAUGCCAUGGCUGCCUCGAACGACCAAGGAGGGCCGAACAAGCUCUCAGAUGAGCAAUCGGAGAAAACAUUACGAUGGCUCUCACAAUUUGGAAUUGAGAACUUCUGCAAAGGGGAAGAGCGCAUUCACAGGUUCUGCUUGGAAGUUCAGUCUUGUAUUAGCAAGCUAGUUGGUGAGAAUCUUAUGGACGGCCCUGUACUAUGGUCUAGUGAACUCUUCUCGCGCGAUAAAAAACUUUUGGAUUGUGGCAAGCAAAGAAGUGAUGUCCAUGGUAGUGAGAUCGAUUCCUCACAUAGCUCAGUCAAUUGUGUAGAAGAAUCAGACCCACUACGACGUAAUACCAAGAACUUGGAUCUAAAUCGAACAAGUUUUCGUAGUCUUCGAAGUAUGUCUGCUCGAAACUUACAACAGCAGCAAGGUAAUAGCUUUAAUAGUGGGCUUGGUGCAUCUCGUUCUAAUGCACAAGCUGCAGGGGACCUGAUGGAUUCUCAAGACUGUUAUCGGGCAGCAACUCCAUCCCUGACAAUUGACUCCUCUAGUACAUUUUGGUCACCGUUUCAGGCUAGCAAACAGACAUCAGCUUCCAGCUUGAACAGCAUUCGUACAGAAACAAUCAGUUCUGUAAGAGACAAAUUCUUCAAGGAAGCACAAGAGUCCCGUGUAAAGCAGUUAUUUCUCAGAGAUCUCAGGCAAACACUAAGUGGGCUACUCAUCAGUGAUCUCGGGAAUAUUAUCUUUGCAAACGGAAGCGAGACUGACACUUGGUUCUCCGGUGAGUUUGGGAAAGACUGCUUCGAAAGGAAGGAGUGUCCUGAGCGAAAGACGAGUCGGAAAGUAACCAGAAAACGGACUCUCGACAAGAAAAAGAGCCAAAGAGAUCUACGCUAUGUACAUAGGUCUGAUAAUCCUUUGGAACCACAAAUUAUUUCAGGCCAGCGAGCAGAAAGAGAGAUUUCGUGUCAUUCUGGAGGCUCCAGCACUAGUGAAAACUUUCAUCGCAAAUUUAGUUCUAAAGAUAUGGAUUGUCCCGAGUUUCCAUAUAGAAAAGCUUUUCGACACUUACUUAAAAUGUUUUCUGUCCAUCCCAAUCCAUAUGCCAAACUAGAUUCCAUAUUCGAACUUGAGCAACUAAUAAUUGCAUUUCUGACGCCCACAGCUAGCCGUCGAUCUCGUAUAAGACCAGAAACACUUAACGCGAUUCCCUCUUCACCAGAAGUACAGCAUAUAAACGCUUUUGGCAACACAAAUAUUCUAUCGCAUACUCCACGAGCCAAGAACUUAGAAGAGGCCAUCGAUAACUGUAGAGAACGACGUUCCAAUGCGCUCUACCAGAAUGAAAAAUUUACCCCUAGUUAUAAAGUCUCCGAAUUCUCCCCCUCUCAGGCUGGUCCAGCUAGCACUGAUAUGAUUGUUGAAGUGCUUCAAAGCCUUUUCCGCGACUCUGACAUGCGGCCUAAAACAUUAUUUCGUGACCUCCAAUUUAUUGCUACAUUUGUUCCAGCUACUACUCUUGAUAAAACUGAACGAGGAAAAGCCUUCUGGGAUGCUGGUCUUGCUGCGUUAGGACUGAAACAGGAUGUCUGUAGAACUUUGAUAGAAAUUGCCGAUGAAAUUGUAGCCCAACAUACCCAAACGCGCUCAACGACCAUCUCAACUCCCUCCGAGUUAAAUUUAACGCUUCCUAACAAGCGAUACAAUAUGCGAGAUGCUGCCAAAAUGUGGACCAUCACCGCAAAAGAAGGAGACCCAGUUGCUGAACGAGAACUGGCAAUAUUCUACCUCACUCACCCACAGUUAGUUGAAAGGGUAACAGCACCCUUAAGUAAGCCUCGAGAAACAUUCAAAGCUCAGGUAAUGAAUACACACGCAAAUAGUGGCAAGGAAGAAAGAAAUGAUCCUGCUACAAUGUGUGUAGCUUACCACUGGAUGGAAUUAUCUGCACUUGGCGGCGAUGAGCUCGCCAAAAAAUAUUUGAGGCAGAGGGAAGAACUAAACGACCUACCUUAG